UAAGCAUAUAUUGCUAUUUGCUAAGAACUCAACAAGCAAUCAAAAAAGGGAAAAUAAAGAAAAAUGGGAGAUGUGGCAAGUCCACCAAGUAUACCAAUGGUUCAACUAAGCCAUGGAGGAGUGUCAUUGCCAAUUUUGGGUUUUGGCAUGGGGCCGAACCCACGAGUCCCGGACGAGGUGUCGAAAGCAGCGGCCCUCAAAGCUAUUGAAGUCGGGUACCGGCACUUUGACACGGCCCCCAUCUACUUGACUGAGAAGGGUCUUGGUCAGGCUAUCUCGGAGGCACUUGAACGUGGGAUUAUUAAAUCAAGAGAGGAUAUUUUUGCGACUUCUAAGUUGUGGUGUAGUGAUGUUCAUCCUCAUCUUGUUGUCCCUGCUCUCAAAAGGAGUUUACAGGCUUUGAAUUUGGAAUACCUUGACAUGUAUAUGAUACAUUGGCCAGUAAGUGGAAAGCCAAAGCCACCGAAGUAUCCCCUCAAGGAGGAAGAUUUCCUACCAUUUGACCUUAAGGGUGUUUGGACGGCCAUGGAAGAGUGCCAAAGGCUAGGCCUCACUAAGGCUAUCGGCGUUUGCAAUUUCACUCGUAAAAAGCUCGAGCAGCUUCUAGCCAUAGCCACCAUCCAACCUGCUGUCAACCAGGUCGAAGUUAAUCCUAAAUGGCAACAAAAGGAACUCAUAAAAUUCUGCAAGACCAAUGGAAUCUUGGUGAUGGCACACUCACCAUUGGGCGGUCCUCUAGAGGAGCACAAGUUGGUGAUGGAGUCCAAUGUUCUCCAAGAAAUUGCAAAAGCCAAAGGAAAAUCUGUUGCACAGAUUGCAUUGAGGUGGGGAUAUGAGCAAGGGAUAGCAAUAGUGGUGAGCAGUUUUAUCAAGGAAUGGAUGAUAGAAAACCUUCAAAUAUUUGACUGGGAAUUGAGCUCAGAAGACCACGAGAAGAUUGGUAAAAUCCCACAAGGUAGAACAUUGACUGGAUGGGAUUACCUUUCACCCAUUGGACCUUACCGCACAUUCGAGGAGCUUUGGGAUGGAGAUCUUUAA